UCACGAGAAUAUGGCGGGGCUCCAGCCGGUGAAGGCCUGCCGACACAGGGGGCAGUGGCGAGGUUGCAUGGUCUGUGCACAGUGCUGGCAGAUGCAGAAGUGGUUGCACGGCCGCAGUACCACCGAUCGCUCCCUCUCCUGGCACACCUGACGGUCGGUGACCUCCUCUCGUGUCCUCUGGUUGCUCUGCUGCAUCUCCUGCCGCAUCUGCUGACGCAGCUCGGUCUCCCGCCUCUGCUGGGCGGCCUGCUGAGCCCGCCGCUCGAGUGACUGCAGCUGGGAUUGCUCGUUGCCGAGUGCCGUCUGUCGGUCCGCUAGCUGCAUGGCAAAGCCGCUGAACUCGUCCGCAGUGGUCAGUCCAUUGAAGGUCUCACUCAACCUGAAUGAUAUCACAUAUCGCAUUACAUCAAAGGGCAUGCACUGGUGUUGCCCGCCUUUGUCUGAGUGGGUACGGACCUGUCGAUUUGGUUGCUGCGUAGCUGAUCUAUGUCGGCCUGAAGCGCACGGUUGGCCUCAGUGAGGCUGAUUGAGCGACAAACACAAAGGGAGAGAGAUGCGUGACGAGGUACGUUGGCCUGUCGGUUAAGUACCUGGCGAUCUCCUGUGCCUGCGAUGUAUUCUGGUGAGUGAGCGACGCCUCCCUCUCAGCAGCAGCCCUGAUAGGGCGAACGACACACACGCACACACACAGUUCCGUCCCAUUCAUUGCGGUGUUGGUGAGUGAGUGCUAUGUGGCUGACUGACCUCUUGUGUCUGUCGAAGUGAUGUUGGAGUUGCCCCAUCUGAGCCGCCUGCUGCUCACGGAGAGACCUCUCGCGAUCGAUGUCACUGAAAACACGUACAUAGAGAGUGAGGUGCAGGUGGCCUUGUUUGCCUCCUGUGUGUGUGUAGAUACUUGGUGAGCCGUUGGUGUUGUUGGCUGAGCUGCUGUCGAUCCGCAUUGGCUUGACGCAUAUCGGCCUGGAGCCGCUCGUUGGCCGCCAGAGUGUCAGCGACGGUCUGCUCGCCCGCCAUCUGAGCCUCACGCAACCUGCACAUAAACACAAGAGCACAAGGAUGGACAGCUGCCAACCGUACUCGAUGCGGUGAUAUGGUGAUGCAUGCUGUACCGUUCGCUCUCCUGACGGGCGGCGAGGAUCUCUUGACGGUUCGCAUGAGUCUCCUGCUGGGCAGCAUGAAGCUGCUGCUGAAGGCCGGCCUCCCUCUCCAUCGACUCACGCCUAUAGUCAGACAUCGCCGUCACAGCGGUAAAUCCCUCCCGCCUUCGUUCUUUUUCUUCUCACCGCGUCGCCCCGCUUUGCCGGUCUCUGCGCAUCAGCUCAGCCUCGAGCUCAGCAAUCCUGACAAGAACAGACACACCAUCUCUGUGUGACCAGAGCCACGCCCAUCAAUCGCCUCACCUGGCCCGCAUCGCCUCGGCCUCCUCUCCACCACUCACACACCCAUCGUCAACGACCCUUGCGGCUCCUCCAUCGGUCUGUCCAGCCCUCUGGCCAGCCAGGCCAUCACCACCGCCACCAUCCUCACUCGCACAAUCAGCCGACAGCAGGUCGUCAGAGUCACACCCGCCAUCGGGCAGCGGGGGCAUGGAAGGAGCCAUCGGAGGAACCAGAGACCCACUAGCAGCACUCACGCCGGCAGCACAAGCACCAGCAGCGAUAGCCGGGGCACAGAGGGGACUACUCGACGGCUCGCUGUCCACGAGCUCGAGGCCACCAUCCGCCUCUCCCUCACGCACAUAUGGGCUGCCGUCUGCCGCAAUGGAUGGCGACGCUGCAGCUGGGGCGGCCGGGGGUCUCUUGGUCUUGGGUCGUUUUUUCUUCUUGGCCUUCUUGCCGCCCUCGCCCCCCUUCGCCCUGCCGCUGCUGGUCCUCACUCUCGUCGGACACCUGCUCGCCGAUGGACCGCAGAAGGUCCUUUUCGUUCUUGCGCGCCGCCGCCUCCUCAGCGGCCAUCUUAGCACUGUCGGGCUCCUUGUCGGAUUGGCGCUUCAUGCGCCGCUCUUUCUUGGCCUUGACCUUCUUUCUGCUCUCAAGCUUCUCACGCAGCUCCUCGCGCACGACGUCACAGCGGCUCUUGGGCUGGUCCUCGACCGCAGGCCCCCCGCCGGUAACCAUCCUCUGAAGUUCGUCUGAUCCAAAGACGGAGCUGAGUAUAUGGGAAAUUUGUGUGCGUCUGGUGCUGCUAUUCGUACCGAUCUCUCUGACCACUUCUGCCCUUGCCGCGGUGUUCUUGUUGAUUUGCUCGGCGAGGCUGGCGAUCCUGUUGUCAAGGCUGUUCGUGUCGUUGCCCUUCUUGCCGGCCUUGGACAGAGCGGCCUUGUCCCUCUGCCCCUUGAGGUCGUUGAGCUUGGUCUGCAGCGUCGCCAGCAGGUUGUCGAUGACGGCAACCCGCUUCUGCUUCUCAAACCAAGUCUGAAUGAUAAUCGCAUUGUAGUCGGCAACAGACGAUCCGCAGCGUAUGAUCUCGUGUACCGCUAGAUGCACAGUCUCCUGCUCCUGGCCUGUAGAGUCUUGCUGGUUCACCAGGCUAACGGCCUCUAACCACAACACAACGAAGGAGAUGACACGUGUGUGUGAUCUUGCCAUUUCCCCCUUCUCAGCUAACUUACCAGUGAGGGCGGUGUGGGCUGCGUCGACAUCCUCUUGAGUGAUGCUGCUGAUAGCAGGGGCGUCCUUGAGAGCCUCGAGCUCCCUCACGCAGUCGCGGUACAUGGGCAGGUCAGCAGCUGUCACAGAGAAGUGGUUCUGGAAGCCAAAUGUCGAAUCGGGGCGGCGAUUGUUGUGUGAAAGGCUUUCGAAAUACAGCAGCAGCAAUGAAGGCCCCUUGCUGGUGACUGUCUGCGCCCAUACGAGAGGGCUGAUUGGGUCAUAGGACCGCACAAGGGCACGACACAGGCUCCGGCGGAGAGGUGUCAGUGGCCAACCGACGGAAUCCAGAGCUGACAGACAGCAGCAGACAGAGGGGAACACACACACAGAGGAGAUGAGGGGAAAGGAGCAUGCAUCCCUAGUGCUUCGGUUCCUUACAUGUGUCGAUCACUGAACGCCGGAAUUUGUACUCCUUGUUCAUAUCCUCGAUCACCUGAAGAUCCUUUUUAGGAAUCAACACGCGAGAUGUGCUGGUAUCGGCAAGAGGGACGUCUGAACGGGAGUCACAGGCAGAACAACACAACAUACCUACACGGAUAUCCCUCUGGCUCUUGCAUAUACUUACUUCUGAGGUCCAGCAGGAAUGGUGGGCUGCUCCUGAUCUCCUUCUCCUCGGCCAGCAGCCCCUCGUCCCUCUUCUCCCGUGCCGCCAUCCGUCGGUCCUCCUCAGCUGCGUCAGCCGCCGGCAGCAGGCGGGCGUCAUCCGCCGCCCACUGACGCUCCUUGACAGCACGCGCGGCUCGGAGCUCACUCUCACGCUCAUCGUGGGCUCUGGUGACGGCCCCCUGCACCAAUGACGCAAAGUCACCACUCGACAGGAACUGCUGGCUGAUGAGCUUGCCCAAGGGGACCCGUGCUGAAAAACAAACACAUGGAGCAGAUUUGUGUACGCGACGGUUGCUUGGUGGCUUCACGUACAUGAGAGAGAAAGGCAUGAGAGUGUGAGGUCCUUCAAUGCCAAUUGGAGGAAGGGCUCAAUGGUCUUUGCGGUGGCAGGCAGACCCAUGUACCUGAAGAGACACAGGUCAGCUGCAUAUACACUCGCUCAACUACAUAGACACUCGCACACAAAGCGGUUCACGUGGCCUACUUGAGAGUACGUCGAUUGGGGUUGGUCUUGAGGCCAGCGGUCGCGGAGGACAUGACUAUGAACUCAACGGCGGGCAACGACAGCCCGGCAACCGAGCAGAAAGACAGACAGAGCCACGUGCACGCGAUCGUGGCGAAGAGGCGCUCCAGCACUCUCUGCGGACAAGAGGGAUGCCAACAGAGAAGGGAUAUCAGCAAGGCUGUCUAAGCACAUGGCUAGCGCCUUGCAGACCUGCAGUUCGUCGUAUCGAUCACUUUCGCCCUCAGACUUGGCCAAGACCAUCUCGAGCAGACUCAGAGACUCGAAAGACCUACCACAGAGGCCCUGCAGGCGAUACGACACACACAGGCCCUAAUCAAUAAGAUGGAAUCUCCUUGUUUUUUCGACGCACCUCGAGCAAGUUUAGAGAAGAAUUGAACGACAUUCGACAUAGAGAGAUUAUCAUCCAGCUGUACACACCCAACGGCCUGAGUGAAUGCUCCGUUGUCUCAUUCCCUGUCCUGCGCCCAUACCUGAGUGUCGUGAAGGGCCUUUCUUUUUUGUCGUCCCGCCCCGCCUCGAUCGUCCUUUGACAAUCCUCUGCUAGGCCAGCCGGCAGGGCAGCCGACGAUGUGCUGUGGGUGCACGUGACGUCACGCGAUGAUGGCGGCGGCGGGGAGGCACUCUCGCUGCUGCUGUCGCCCUUGCCGUCUCUUUCUGGCUGGGCCUUGAGCAGAGCACUCAACCGGUCGAUGAAGGCACGGCUCAGGUCUCCGUCUUCCAGGUGGAGAGUGGCAAGUGAGGGCAGGCGGCCGAUGGCCUCGGCAAGUUGUGCGCACUCGUCAUCAGGCAGCUGAUUCAAAUUCGCAUCUGCGCGAGACACAUGCCUUGACAGUCAGCGGCAACGUGCGCGUUCUCUUCCGACGGCCUUACACAUCAGUCUGAGCGUCAUCAGUCUCUCGGCCCCCUCGAGAAAGCCGAUGAGGUCGCUGAUGUCAUCGGCGGUCGGUGAGCACUCCCAGCUGAUCGACAACUCCAACAUCAUGUCGGGUGACUACCUGACAGCGAGAAUGAAACCGUGAACAUGAGUGAACUGCUGUCUAUCACCUCUUUACAUCAGCCUACCCGGCCAGUGCUGCUACCAGCCGAUUCUGCUUGCUCACUGAGAUCGAUGCAUGUAGCGCCAGCAGCUCGCGAUUGGCAUACGAUGAGAUGCGGUCCGUCGAACGGACGGGACACAACCUAAACCCAGGCAGCACGAAGUGGCCAUGGAGUGCAGGUGCGUCUGUCUGUGUGUGAAUGACUGUUUACGCGUCUAGCAGACUCUGACAUGAGGCGGCCAGCAUAGCGACUUGUGCGACAGUGAAAUGCAACGGCCCAACAAGCUGGUAGAUGGUGCGGAGGACUCCCUUGUCCGACAGACAACACACCAGCCGAUUCUGAUGGACACACAGCACAUGUGAGGGGUCGGUCACAUAUGUAAACUCUCUCUCUGUACCUACAUGCUCGUUCUGCCGUCGUGCAGCCUCUCUGUGGGGGUCGUGCUGCGAUGAGACCCACCGAUCGAUCGGCAGCUACUUCAACAAACACACACACAGUGGCGAGCAGUGAUCGAUCGGUCUACAUGGGGGUCAGACCUUGCGGCGGCGAAACUUGGCGAAAAAGUCCAAAAUCUGCAGCCAUAGGUGCACAGGUGCACAGAUGCCUGCGUGUUGUUGGCACUUCAUUUACCUCCUGUAUGAGGCUGUCUUGUGAGGCCGCCGUGGGGGGCCCAGACAGGGCAGAGAUGUCCACCUGCAAAUGAAGGGCGUCACACGCAGUAAGAGACGCACACAGGUGACCGCCGAUUCGGUCAUCAUUUGCCCUCACUGACCUGUAGAACACAUUCGACGAUCGGGUUGUCUUUGGCCUUGCCACUCAUCAGCUGCCGAUUACAGUAGCUGCACACAUGAAGGCAAUUCACUCGGUGCACUCAAGAGAUGAAGGGAAGAUGCACCUGGCGAGGCUGUCCAGGAUGCCCAUCACGAUGCUGAUGAAGCUGACGCCGCGAGCGGAGGAUGCGAGAAGUGAAAUGUCUAAGGUCACAAACCACGACAGCAUAGAGCACAUAACCUCGGACAGGCCCUCGCACGAAGCAUACUGAAGUUAAGUGAAACCAGAAGUGCCGAGUGCUCAUACAUGCGCGUCGCAUCCACUCUGACUGACCGAGUUACGAGCAAGUAUGAGAUUGAGCAGAUGAACCGAAGCCGUCACGACAGCUCGUCCAUGGAGGCCAUCCUUGAUCAGUCUGCGGCUCUGCAGGAUGCUCAUAGACGCCGAGAGGAAGCCCGCCUGCGCAACACGCUCGCAGUAGCCACAUUCUGAGGAAACACAGACGCACACAAGACAUCACUAUGUGGCAUGGAUCAUGCACCUUUUCUCACCAGCCAUUGCCACUGGCACAUUCAGAAAUCUGGAGACCGCGCCAGCCGGCUGCUCAGCGGUGGGGUGGUCCUUCAGCACUGCGGCCAUCUUGCCCAGAGCAGCGGGGCUCGCUGACAAACUACAGUACAUGGACACCAGCACACCUGCAUCCACACACACCCAAACACGCUCACACAGCGGCGUGACGGACCAACGAGCCCUCUUGACAUCCAGGUGACCCGCACCUGGAUGAGAUGGGAAGCCGCGGCGGGCGUCUCUGAAGAUGAUGCCUAUCAGCUCGAAUGCCCUCCACACAAUCACCUGAUCACAGCUCGUGACCAGCGUAUCGACGAGAACAUCGAUGUGGCAGAACAUGUGCUGCUGAAACGCCCCCAUAUCCUUAGCCGUCACUGAGCGAUGCACCAAAGGCACACAGAUAUGUGGAGAUAUGACAGCCACCUUUGCCGAUUCACCACAUGAUCACCUGGAAUGCUCUCGCUGAGCAACACGGAGGCAGCUGUCAUGAAUUCUCGGUCCGGUACUGUCAGCCUUCCCGCCGUUGCCUCCACCAAGACACCAAACAGCGGUAGCCACUCCACACCAAACGGAUACCCAGCCUGACAAAGCCGAUUGAGGAAGCGCGUCGCCGCAGACUGAUGUGAUGGCUUGCUGCUGUCCGUGAAAAUGGAAACAAUGCAGCCGGCGAGGCCUCCCCGACCCUGCUGUCGACGCGCCUUGUCCUUCUCGGCCAAUGACCGUACGAGUCCCUUGACCGCUGGGUCAUUAUCCGGCAGCGAGGUCGUGAGUUUCUCGACGUGGCUCACGAAGGGGCCGAUGUCACUAGCCAGCAGAGCAUCAGCAGCCAGGGACACUAUGGCAACAGCAUCAGAGCCCGACGUCUGACCCUUCCGCGUGUUGGCCGUGUGUUGCUGGUCGGGUGUGAUGGGGGAGGGGGUGGAGGGAGGGAAUGGGCGAGAGGGACCCGCCGGUUGCCGAUCUGCUGAUGCAGUUGCUGCGGCGAUUGGCGACGGGUCGAUGGAGCGAGUGAGAUUAGCGGCCUGCUGCUGCUGGGUGCAUGCGAAGAGGUCGAAAGCAGGGGAGGGCUGCCGGCUGCCGUACUGACAGUCACAACCCACACAUCACACACAUAUGCACACAUGUGGGCAUGCACCUCCCUCGUGUCUGUCUGUCUGUCUGUCUGUCUGUCCGUACCGAUGUGGCGUCCACAGUGAUGUCAUCCUCUCCGGACCCACCGCUGUGCCCCGCCCCUCCCAUCAGCCCCGAGCCGCUGCCCACAGCCGAUACGUCGGCUGCUGGUGAGGGGAUGGGAAUGAGCUGCAUGGACUGAUCCCGCUGGACGGAUGGCUGCGGUUGCUGCUGACUCUGGUAUGUGUCGAUGGCCUCACUAGGGAUCUGCGGACACUGGAUGCCGAUGGGGGGGUUGGACGACAGCAACUCAGACAUGUCGUCGCUGUCAGUCGCAGGGGUGCGCUCUCUGUGAGAGGAUGCUGGUAGCGGGGCAGACGACGCACUCUCUGUGCGGUCACCAGGGCCGCUCCCGUACGACUCAUCGCCAGGCCUCCCACUCCCACCAGAUCCCUCCUCUGCCGGGUGGGCACUCAUACACACGUGCCGCUGCUGUGGUUGCUCCUGCUGGCUGGCAUCUCCCCUGUUGUCGGCGCCGUUGCUGUCUGCCGUCGGGCUGUCGGCGGAGAGCUCCUCGGCGUUGGUUUCCGUGGACAU